AGCACGUGAAUCUCAGUCAGCGGUAGCACUUCACUUUGCUCGAAAUAAAUAACAAAACUCAAUUUGUGUAAACUUACUGCAAAAUUGUAGUGCAACUUUCACUCAAGUUUGAUAAGUCACUUAUCUCUUGUAGACUUUGACCUUUUGGAGUGAAGUGAAAUCAAGAUGACUUAAAUUUUAUUGUCCAUUUUUUUCGUCAUCCUCGUGAUUCUUGUCUUGUGACGACGUAGGAAAAAGUUGCUGUGAAUUUUUUUUUGCAAAUCCUACAUCUGUACCUGAAUAGCUGAGAGAAUGUGGGCAACAAGUCAGUUGAUUCGUCAAUAUGGGACGAAAGUCGUGGCGACUGCGACAGUUAAGGGGGUCAAAAGUGGAAAGAGACUUAUUCCUACAAGGGCUGCCUUAACUUUGACACCGUCAGCAAUCAGCAGGAUUAAGUCGUUGCUAAAAGAAAAACCAGAAUCGAUUGGUCUUAAAAUUGGGGUCAGGCAAAGGGGGUGCAACGGACUGAGCUAUACGUUGGAGUAUGCCGAAAAGAAGACAGCGAUGGAUGAAGAAGUUGUGCAAGAUGGUGUCCGUGUCCUAAUUGAUCAGAAGGCUCAAUUGACCCUGCUUGGAACAGAAAUGGACUUUCAAGAAGGUCAACUCGCCUCAGAAUUUGUAUUUAAUAACCCAAACAUAAAAGGAACGUGUGGGUGUGGCGAAAGUUUCUCUAUUUAGCAGGCUGUUUUAAAAGAUAAGUACUAAUCGAUCGCAACUCGGCGUACUUAAGUUAGUAGUGGACAAAAAAAUCUCAAAUUGUUUUCGUGAAAGAUUUAUAAAAAGAGCUACAUAUUACAUAUUAUGCAAAUAACACUUCGUCAUGUUAAAUUUCUAGUCGACUCUUGCAAUAAUAAAAUCGUAUAUUUUAUUUUCCAUAA